GGGAACAAGCAUGAACAAACGCGAUCACAUUGUUUUGUAAUUAUUUAUUUGACUGGUUCCACAUGUUGAUAUGUAGUAUCGAACACAAAUUAUAGUUAUUAUUUGUUAUAAGUUGGAUAUAUUAAGAAGUACGUAACGAUACUCCGUGUGUCUGUCCUUCCGUUUAUGCGAUAUCGUUGGGCAUAAACAACAAAAUGAUUCCCCGUGUAUCAAGAAGCUUCGACAAGAAAUCCUCAUCCAAUGCCAGCCGUAGUGACUAUUAUUUAGCAGAUCCAGAACUAUGGAGAGAUACGUUACCGCAACCAUAUCGGAUGCUGGAUAAAAUACUAAAUGAGAUAUUGGAAACCGUUUGGUCUGAAAUUCAACAUAGACAAGAUGUGAAACUGUCCCAGAGAAGUUUCAGAAUUGAUGAUUCAUUCAUUUCUCCGGUCUGUUGUACCGCCACUCAAACCGUCCAAGUACCAAAAAUAAACAGCUUCAGUGGAUGUAAUGGAUCAAUAUAUUCAUCUUUGGGUACCAAAGAUGGUUUGUACAUCUUAGAUGCUUCCACUCAAGAAAUAUGUGCCAUGUGGAAAUCUGAAAACUCAGAGAUACAAUCUGUCAGUCAAUAUUUUUUAGAUACACAGACAUUUGCCAUCACAGCACUAGAUGAUGUUGGAACUGCUCGUAUAUUCAUGUUCAGAGCACCCAACAAUCUCAUCCUUACAUUUUCUCUGCCAGAUCAGCAGAGUGAAGUGAAACCCCAGUCAUUUGUUACUCAUUGUGCUGCCUCACCACAAGCAGAUUACUUUGGUGCUGUUAUGGAUGGAAGUGCCACAGGGAAAGAGAGUCAGUUGGAAAUUUACAAACUUUCAUUUGGUGCCUUAUUUGAACAAUUCCUUGAACCACAUGUAGCAAUAAAUCAGCACGUUCCUGAUGGAAAUUCUCCAGGUAAUGAAAAACAAGUGGCAAUAUUAUUUUUAAGGAUCCCAAACAUUUCUUCACCACAAGCUUGUCGAGCUUCUAGCUUAAAUAGUGCCUUCAAGUAUGCUGAUAGUACUGGAGAUGUAAUUGGAAAUGGGAAUUCCCACAUUCUCUCUAAGUCUUACUUUGACUCAAGAACAUAUGCUUUUCAAUCUCAUUAUUCUGAUAUGAUGAAGUAUCUACCAGAAAAGGAAAGCUUACCAAGGAUUCAGAAUUUCAAGUUUAUACAACCAGAUCCUGCACUGGAAUGUGGAGUUAAUAACACCACUCCACCUUCCCUUCUUGUUUGGUCAACCAACUGUCAUAUUCUCAAUCGGUAUUCAUUGGUGAAACCAAAGAAAGAUUCUGAGUCUCCUGAUCCAGAUAUGGUGUGGCCAUUUGCUGCUGCCAUCAAAAUUGUGACCACCUCACUGUGUACAACCCGGAUUGCAGUUGGUUUGGAAAAUGGUUUCAUCAUUAUCUGGGAUUACCACUUAGGUAUAUUGUCUGGUGUUUUUGAUCUUAGCAAAGAAGGAUCUUUUAAAGAUUUAUACUUCCUUUCACUAAAUACUCCUCCAAAUAACCAACAGCCUUAUUCAAUCAGCUGCCACCUUAUUGCGAUUUUAAACAGUGGCCUGGUACAAUACAUCACUUAUACUGAUGGUUCCUACUCCAUGACAACACUGCUACCUGCAUCAAGGUUUGCAGAAGCAGCUCUGAAUAAGGUCGUGCCUAUUUCUGGAAAAAAUGACCUGCUUCUGAUGACAUUCAAUAAUGGUGUGAUUCUGCUGACUGAGGUUAUCAAUGGCCAAACUCUCUGUGAACUGGAGUUACCACCUUCUUAUAAACCUCUGCCAAUAUGGGAUCCUGUUAUUGCUUCAAUUCAAAUAAAACCAGAUCCUUCGCAAGAAGAUGCUGUGUUAUCCGAGGCCACGUACGUUUAUGUUAAUGCUUCCUUUGAUGAUGCUAAUGGCAUUCAUACAGAUGAAAAUACUUCUUUCUUCAAAUUCCGACUGGAUACAAUUCCAAUAUUGGAAACAUUCUACAAAGAAACCAAUACUCACAUGGCUACUUCUUUUGUUGUUGAAACUUCACUGGAAUCUUUACUAGAAAAUAUCCUGAAGACAAGACAUGAACGACAAUGGCAACGAAAUAUUCGCCUCAAGUCACAGUGGGCAAAACUACCAUCAUUAAUACCAGAACAAAAUGUAUUUAACUGAAACAGAAUUCAACUCUGCAAACAAACUUGUGAAAUUAUUUUGUAUCAACUACCUAUAAAGUUUCUGUGUAAUUUUUACAAAACAA